CCGCUCCUCCUUCCGCCUCGCCCGGGGCCCGCAGCCGCAGACUUCCGGUUUCCCGGCGGUCCCCGCGGCCGCUGGAGGUGAGCGGCCGCCAUGGCGUUCUCGGCGCCUACGGCCUACCUGACCCAUCAGCAGAAGGUGUUGAGGCUUUACAAGCGGGCGCUGCGCCACCUGGAGUCGUGGUGCAUCCACAGGGACAAAUACCGGUACUUUGCUUGUUUGAUGAGAGCCCGGUUUGAAGAACAUAGGCAUGAAAAAGAUAUGAGGAAGGCCACCCAGCUGCUGAGGGAGGCAGAGGAAGAAUUUUGGUAUCGUCAACAUCCGCAGCCGUAUAUCUUUCCUGACUCUCCUGGGGGCACCUCCUAUGAGAGAUACGAGUGCUAUAAGAUUCCAGAGUGGUGCUUAGAUGACUGGCAUCCUUCUGAGAAGGCAAUGUAUCCUGAUUACUUUGCCAAGAGAGAACAGUGGAAGAAACUCCGGAGGGAAAGCUGGGAGCGAGAGGUUAAGCAGCUGGAGGAGGAAACCCCACCUGGUGGUCCUUUUACUGAAGCUUUGCCUCCUGCUCGAAAGGAAGGUGAUUUGCCCCCCCUGUGGUGGCAUAUUGUGACCAGACCCAGGGAUCGGCCUAUGUAGAGAGAGAGAGACCUUACUGUUUAUGUUUGCAAGUGAAGUAAGUUACAGAACACAUAUACACUUGCCCAAAUAAAAAUAACUAAAAUGGUC